AUGAACCGAGCUUCCGCUGAUCUUGGACUUGAACAACUGCACGCCAUCCUGGCAAAGGACUGGGGUCAAAAUGAAGAUCGAAUCAGGACUACGUGGACACACUUUACCGACGAAGAGAGGUCGCGGUGUUAUCAUUCGACUGGGCUGUUUCAAGGAACCAUGUAUUAUCUUCCGGGGAAUCCCAUGAUGAACCCGGAUCUCACGCCGGAGUGGGCCAAGAUUGCUGAGUCCGGUGCUCAAUAUUUCCUCGACAUGCUUGAGCUCAGAGCAACUCGCAGUCUUUAUCAGCAAAGCUUUUGUCCCUUCAAAGGUUUCGAGUCCGACUAUUCGCACGUUGUCCAGAUGAUCAGCAAGGGUCAGGCCAACCUCGAGGGGCAGCCGCGCAACAGCCGAAUGCUCUUCGAGGGCGAAAAGCUGGACGGCGCGGCCGUUGAUAUUGCAACUCAUACAACCCGGCUUAGAGAACUACCUCAACAUGGCGAACAUGCCGUCGGAGUUCGUGCGCUUCCAGUGGCGGUUGGUGACCUUGUGACCUGGCGACAGCUGAGGUUCUUGAGAUCCAUAACUUACUUGGCCUGUGAGGUUUUGGAGUGGGAUCAAAAGUCAUCUCAGCUCAGCAAAAAGGCGUAUGCCAGAUUUGAAGAGCUCAUGGCGUUGUCGACCAGGCGAAGUGCCCAACCCGGCGGUGUCAAGCAACCGCUGCAAACAAAGAUAUUGCUACCGGGGCUAAUCACGCGAGCCCUUAGCUUCAUAUACGUCGCAGAGGAAGCCAAUAAUCUCUUGGAAUCAUGCCCCAUCCAUUUUUUCAAUUCCAUGUCGCGGUUCGUUCGCAGUGAACCAGGGCGAGCGCAGGACAACAAGCGCCAGAUGACAGCAACCACGGUCGGUGCAGCGUUUUUUGAUUGCAUGAGCGACAAGAUCAAAAUCCUAUGUAUAUGGAGUUAUAUCAUCGAGCUCUUGUGCCUGCUACAUUCGACAUUCCACGAAACGGCAUCUCGGCACAUGGCGCUUCAGCAACUAUCGAAUGCUACCCGGCUAGCGUACACUCACAUACAUCAACUGUUUCGACGCGAGCUUCACAUCGAUAUGGCGAAAACCACUGUCAAAAAAUUCAAAGGAAACCGAAAGAAUCAUCCAGCUCGCGGGUCGCGUCUGCACCACCUCUGUUGCCUCGCCGAGCAGGAAGCAUUCGCCAACAUCGCUUCCGAGCUCUUCACCAAGCUCAUGAGCUCUCCGCCAUCAUUUCAUGAUGGAAUCAACUGGCGUAGUGAGGCUCUGGGAAUGCUUAUGAAGGUUAUCUUGUUCAUUGAUGAACUGGCUCUGGCCUUGAACAUGCCGUCGUUUCCGUGGCCAGCCGAAGGCCAGGUAAUAUCUCAGUUUGAACAUGUUGACGCUCGAAUGUCCCAGGCCAGACCUCAUGCCGAUAUUAAAAAACUAUGGCUGAAGAUGUCUGUUUCCAAGAACAUCUCCUUCGCCAAGUCUUGUCGUGCAAAACUUGACGCAUGCACUCGGAAGCACGUUGGCGACACCUUACUGGGCGCAUACGAGGAAGUGGUCAAUUGUUGUCUGCUGGAACUCAAGUCGCAGCUCUUGAAGGAGAAGCAAAAUCUACAAGUGGUAAAGCCGGUCACUAUUGAUAUCAAGGAGGCUGAAAUCUCGGUCUCCAUCUCCGAGGUUGAGGACAAGACAGACUUAACCGUGGCUUGUCCUAAGGCCGCUGCAAAGGCUCCAGUAUCAUUUAAUGUCGAGUUGGAAGAAGAGGUUGAAACAGCCGUGUGUUCUACCAAAACUGCCUCAACUUCGAUUCCUAUACCAAAGGAAGAGGCGAAGGAUGAUGUGAAUGCAGCCUGCGAGGCCGGCCUGGCUAUACCCUCAACGUCCUCCUCGACCGAGCAAAAACGCAAGAUACCGAAAGCAAAAGCAGCGCCAAAAGGACACCCCGAGUGCCAUGCACCGUGUACCAAGGAACAGUUUCCUCCGACGCCGCGAGCGGUGCAGGUUCAUACCCCUCCUACCAACAACAAAAUCACUGUCAGCGCUGCAACCGCACAAGUCUUUGCAAAGCUAUUUGACAAGUCGAUGUCGCACAGUGGGCUGCACUGGGCCAGCUUCGAGGCGGCCAUGGCCGAGCUGGAUUUCCGCAUCACGCCGAGGCGGGGGUCCAGCGUCCGCUUCGAGCCGCCGGCGAGCCUCGGGCUCGGGCGCUCUCUGACCAUCCACAGGCCUCACGGAUCUCGGUCGGAGGGGUUCCGGGCUCUUGUCCUUCGUCAAAGACUAAAUCGCGCCUUUGGCUGGGAUGAAGACACGUUUGUUGCCCGUUGGAAGGCCCGCGUGGUUCGAGGGCAAGCAGUCAGUACUUCAUAA